CGCCGCGAGCGCCGGCUGGUGGGGCGGUCACCAGGCCAACCGCGCCCGGCCCCGCGCGACCGGCUCCCCCCACCUGCGGCCGCGGGCGCGGAGCUGCGGGCGCGAAGAUGGCGAGGCGGCGACGGGGCGCGGGGCCCCUCUGGGCGCUGGGGCUCUGCCUUGCGAGGGUCGCCGGGCAGCUGGUGGAGCCCAGCACAGCCCCGCCCAAGCCCAAGCCGCCCCCGCUGACCAAGGAGACGGUGGUGUUCUGGGACAUGCGCCUCUGGCACGUCGUGGGCAUCUUCUCGCUCUUCGUGUUGUCCAUCAUCAUCACUCUGUGCUGCAUCUUCAACUGCCGCGUGCCCCGGACCCGGAAGGAGAUUGAAGCCCGCUACUUGCAGCGGAAGGCCGCCAAGAUGUACACGGACAAACUCGAGACGGUGCCCCCCCUCAACGAGCUCACGGAGAUCCCCGGGGAGGAUAAGAAGAAGAAGAAGAAGAAGGACAGUGUGGACACCGUGGCCAUCAAGGUAGAGGAGGAUGAGAAGAAUGAAGCCAAGAAGAAGAAAGGGGAGAAAUGAGGAGGGCUUCCUGGAGGUGGCAGCCCAGGCUGGCUAGCCCUGGGGCUCAAGUUCUGGCCAGGGUCCGGGCAUCUUGGACUCCCAGCACAUCCAUGGACUAGAGAGACUGCAGAACACCCUCUUC